AUGCAUGCCUGGUGGAGCUCAAUUGUGGAGGGCUUGGCUUUUGGGCUGGUGAUGGUGAUGUUGCCAUCGAUGAUUUACGACCAGACUCUCAAUGCCAGAUUUAUGGUGGAGAAGGGAUUCGGCGUCGAGGUGCCUAGGAAGGAGGAUGAUGGAUCAUUCACGGGUGAUGAUAUUGUGAAGAGUUUGAAGUUUACGAUGGUAGAUGACGAAGGAGAUGUAUUGAGCUCAAGGGCGAAGGAGUGCGUGGAUGUGUUCGGCGAUAGGGAACUACAUGACCUCUAUAACGCCGAGGCCACCAUAGAUCUCCCUUCCGAUCAUCUCCGCCCAUAUCUCAAAAAAGCUUUCGACAGCUUGGGCCAAAAGCACUCAUAUCUCGUACAAAACAAGCAAAUCUCAUCCUCUAAUUGCAUCAUCUUCGAUUAUGCCACCUACUGGGUUCCCUCAAUUGAAGCAAAGUUUGGAGUGUCGUUACUGGGCAGAGCCGAUGCCGGCAGUACGGUUGAGAAAAUCUUCGUGCUCCCUUCCUGGAUUACCUUCCCUUCCACCAUCGCUUACUCUGUUUUUGAGGCUCCCGAAUUGUUUGAUCCAUUAGUAAUUCCAGAUGCUUCAGGUGUAUCUGAAACCUACCGAUUUGGGAAAUCGAUAGAGGGAUGCCAACUCGUGCUGAUCCGCAACUGCAAGGAAUUGGAGUCUGAAUGGCUACAACUUCUUGGCCAGAUUUAUGAGAAACCAGCAGUUCCUGUGGGCCUUCUACCCUCAACAGAACAAAGAUGGCACGAGGCAUUUCAAUGGCUGGACAGGCAGGACAAAGGUUCUGUUGUGUAUGUUUCCUUUGGAAGCGAGGUGAAGCUAAGUGCUGCGCAAGUGAAGGAGAUCGCCAUCGGUCUUGAAGAAAGCAAAAAAUACUAUAAGUAG